UAAAGGGUUAAUGGAAUGUUUUACACAUGACGGAUUAAAGAAUUCAGAUAUUCACAAAGGGUUCCCGAAAUCAAUUCAUCACUACAUCAUCAUACAUGAUCUCAUUACUAAUUAUCUAACAAAUGUUCGCAUUAAGUAUAAGGAUGAAGUGUAAUAUUUUGAUAACAGGCGGAACUGACAAUGCGACCAAGAGAAGUGUGUUAAAUUUUGGUUGGAUGAUAUAUAAAGUUACUAGAAGAAAUCCCUUGGAUUUCAAUGGUUAUGGUUGCUGGUGUGGGUAUGGCGGGAAGGGAGACCCAGUGGAUGUUUUGGACAGGUGUUGCUACGUCCAUGACAUGUGUUAUAACAAACUCCAGUCCGACGUGUGUCCAUUUAAGGCAGCCGUGUAUACUCUGUCAUAUUCAACUGAGAGAGGGAGAUCUUUGGAUUGUAAACGGCCUUCCUCGUAUUGGUACUGGGGCAAGUGUCGUUAUUUGUUGUGCAGAUGUGAUGCCGUAGCAGUCAGAUGCUUUGCAAAGAGUCGUUAUAAUCGGAAGUAUAAAAACUACCCGCAGAAGAAAUGCUAGAAAGACACAAGUUGUGUACAGUUGGAAGAAAAAC